GGGGGCACGGCUCGGCGGGCACGGCUCGGCGCUGCAGUGCAGCGGUUGGUCGCCAUGCGGCUCGUUGCGCUCCUCUUGCUCUGCCCGCUGGCCGUAGCCCUGUCAGGGCGCUUCUGGCACAUCACCGACCUCCACUGGGACCCCGACUACAAUGCGGGCGCGGGUGCCGGGCAGGUGUGCCCCUCUGGCGGCUCCCGGGCCGUGCCUGCCGCCGGGCCCUGGGGCAGCUACCUGUGCGACGCACCCUGGCUCCUGCUCGACUCCGCCGUGCGCGCCAUGCAGAGCCUCGUGCCGCAGCCGGACUUCGUCCUCUGGACCGGAGAUGACACUCCUCAUGUCCCUGAUGAGAAGCUUGGAGAGGAGAAGGUUCUGCACAUGAUAGAAAAUCUGACUUAUCUGAUAAAAGAGAGGUUUCCAGGUUAA